CACUCUUUCCAACCCAGUAGCUGGUCCCUGUUUCCCACCUCACUGUAUACUCCCCGCCGUUACACUCUCCCUCCCUCGCUAUAUAACAAUGACGGUGACUUUACGCCGCCUUCUCACCGGCCUCACCGCCACUAUCAGAAACCCCAAUGCUCACUCUCCUCCACUCCCACCUAUCCCCUAUCGCCACGUUCACGGCCACCCGUCUUUUCCGUCCUCCCUCGCGUCACUCUAUCUCAACCACCGCCUCUUUUCCUCCUCACCCACCGAAAACUUUAUCCCAACAAACCCGCUCCGCACCCGAACCCCGCUAGAAAAACAAUUCGAGACAUGGGUUCAGAAGCUCAAACCGGGGUUCGGGCCACCCGAAGUGAACGAAGCACUGAAAGCCCAAUCGGACCCGGAUCUCGCCCUCGACAUUUUCCGGUGGACCUCCCAGCAGCGGAACUACAAGCACAACCACGCCACAUACCUCACCAUGAUCAGAAUCUUGCUCGACGGCAGACGCUACCGCCACGCCGAAACCCUGGUGGAAGAGGUAAUCGCCGGCGCCUGUGAAAUUAGCGUGCCCCUUUACAAUUCCAUGAUUCGAUUUUGCUGCGGGAGAAAGCUGCUUUUCAAUCGUGCUUUUGAUGUUUAUAAGAAAAUGUUGAAUUCGGAGAAUUGCAAACCGAAUCUGGAAACUUAUGCAUUGCUGCUCAACUCUUUGCUUAGGAGGUUUAAUAAUAUGCAUGUUUGCUAUGUCUACUUGCGCGCCGUGCGGUCUUUGUCGAAGCAGAUGAAGGCUUGCGGUGUGGUUCCGGAUACGUUUGUGUUGAAUAUGAUCAUAAAGGCGUAUUCGAAGUGUUUGCAGGUUGAUGAUGCAAUGCAGGUAUUUCGCGAAAUGGGGUUGUACGGAUGUGAGCCGAACGCCUAUACUUAUGGUUACAUUGCUAAGGGGCUAUGUGAGAAGGGGAGGGUAGCUCAGGGUUUAGGGUUUUACAAGGAAAUGAGAGGAAAAGGGUUGGUGCCCAGCAGUAGUACAUUUAUGAUUGUGAUUUGCAGUCUCGCUAUGGGACACAAGUAUGAUGAUGCAAUUGAGGUCGUGCUUGAUAUGUUGAGGAAUGCCAUGUCUCCUGAUUUGUUAACUUACAAGACGUUAUUGGAAGGAUUGUGCCGGGAUGGGAAGGGCGUCGAGGCAUUUGAUCUACUAGAGGAUUUGCGGAGGAAGGAUAGUAUGAUGAAUGAAAGGACUUACAAGACUUUGUUAAAUGCUUUGCAUUUUGUAAAUGGGGAGUAGUUCAAUUCUUGUGCUCUGAGUUCAGCUCAAGACGUAUAUGCCUUUUCCUUUGUUGGAUUCAUAUAUGAGAUACGAAAUCUCAUAUGGUGUUGCUGAUUGGAUGUAGUAAUGCGACCGACCGUGCCACUAUCGGCCUGAAGAUAUAUAGCAUGUAUGUUCUAAUGAGGAUGAGUUGGGAUCGCUCAGAACGUUAAUUUAUGCCUUUCAAGGAUACAUUGGAGUCGAAGUGUAAUUUGGAGGAUAGCAGAGUUUACAUGUAUGCUGGAGGUGCUGGUAAACAUGUCAAAUUUCAAGAAGUUGGAACUGAGUGAAUUCUUUUUCGGAGGAAGUGAUCUUGCAGUCGUCUGUUAGUAUUUCCAUCUUGCCAUGCUUUCAGAUUGAUGCUACUGCGAUUUGCGUGUUAUAUUGCAUGACUUGAAGAAUUUGUUGGUCAUAAAUUUAUCCCGGAAGAGGAUGCUUGUAAGUUUAUUUCUGUUUUCCUGUAUGACUGGAUGAGUUAACAAUGAUGUAGUGUCAAAACAUGUAAACCUUUAUCAACUUAUCACAAUUUUUAAUAAUAAAAUACGUAACACUCGUUUUACAAGUGUCUAACA